GGGGCGACAUGUUAUAUAUAUCUCUACUGCAUUGAUUGAUCUACUCUUCGCAGAGACGUGAAUCACAUUAAACAUUUUCGUAUGUGUUUCUCAUGACAGUCUGUUCUUUGUCAGCUUGUAAGGAUGAAUAUCUGGUUUUUGAGUUCGAAGAGAAAUGUAUUGCCGUUUUGGACAGAAUAGCAGCUAGUGCUGCUUCAUCCUGCAUACUUAAAGAUUAUGGAAUUCCAUUUGAAAGAUCUCCGGAUCUUUUGGAGCCAUAUGUAGACCUAGAGGACAACCAGGCAAUGGAGCAGGACCUUGGUGAUACUCCAGUUUCGAAUUCCGAAAUUGGCUUUGAUGGAAUCAUUUGGGUAUGACAAGUGAGUGUUGAGAAUACAGUCUAAUUUUCUCG